AUGUCAAUUCCACAUUCAAGUCUCAAAAAGAUCCCUCUCUCAUACGCCUCUUGUUCAAUCGGUUGUGGACCAAGUGACACAUUACCACUUCGUCUCCAAGCAAUCAGCGAAGCGGGCUUCAGCGCAAUUGAACUCUCAUUCCCCGAUAUUACGGACUACGGCGAGCAAAUUACAGGCCAAAAAAUUGCGCCGGACAACUACGGCGAAAUCUUGAACGUGGCAUCGCAGAUCCGCAAGCUAUGUGAAGAAAACGGACUGAAGAUCAUGAUGCUGCAGCCAUUCGCCAACUUUGAAGGCUGGGUUAAAGGCUCUGUCGAACGGGAAGAGGCGUUUGCUAGAGCGACAGGUUGGAUGGAGAUUAUGAAUGUCGUAGGUACGGAUCUAUUACAGGUCGGAGCAACAGACACACCAGAAGGAUUAAUCAGCUGCGAGCGAGAAGCCAUCGUCUCCGACCUGCGAGCGUUAUCCGACAUCCUCGCAAAACGCAACUACCGCCUUGCGUACGAGAACUGGUGCUGGUCGACCCAUGCGCCGGGUUGGAAGGAUGUUUGGGAGAUAGUGAAAGCUGUUGAUCGUCCGAAUUGCGGAUUAUGUUUGGAUACGUUCCAGACUGCGGGCAGUGAAUGGGGUGAUCCGACCACUGAAUCUGGUUUGAUUGAAUCAGUCUCGCAGUCCGAGUUGCGGAAGCGAUUUGAUGCAAGUAUGGAAGAGCUUGCAACCAGUGUGCCCGCCGAUAAGAUUUAUCUUCUUCAGAUUUCGGAUGCCUAUAAGGUCUCACCGCCGUUGCAAGAUAAAACCAUUGAUGGUUUGAGGGCCCGGGGUCGCUGGAGUCAUGAUUAUAGGCCUAUGCCGUAUGAUGGCGGGUAUUUGCCGAUUGAGGAUGUUGCGAAGGCGGUACUGAGGACGGGGUUCCGGGGUUGGUUUUCGAUGGAGAUCUUUGAUAGUGGACCGCAGGGUUCUGGGAAGAAGUAUGAGAUGGGACCUUUUGCGGCAAGGGCUAUGGAUAGUAUGCAGAAGUUCUUGAAGAAUUGUGCGACGGAUUAA